UUUAUUCUUAGUAAUUCACGUUGCAUUACAGUUUAUUAAAGUUAAAACUCUCUCUUUCUCUUGCAUUGCUUAUACCGGAUUAUGCACUGAAAAAAUAAAUUAUAAGAUUAAACAAGUAUGGCAAAUGGACUUAAUUCCAAUUUGGGAUCACUAUUCGCGAACUGCAGGCACGAUGCGUCCCGGAGAACGUCCGCCACCGAAGCGUUGUGGCACUCCCUUCGGGUGGUCCCGACCAACUGGAUCCUGGCGAAGUUCCGCAGAUCUUCUAUCAACUACGAUGCAUCAGGGCCCAGCUGCAGAUCCAAUAACAUCUGCGUGACCACCUCGAAGGUCCCUUCCUUAACGACGAUUCUCCGGUCCAUCUGAAACAUCCAAAACAAAAAAUCUCGAAUGAAACUCCCUGCGCGAAGAAAAAUCCUAUUAAACGCCGCAUCCCACCGAGUUAUGCCUUCCCUCGCGAUUCUUUGCGGGAACGUCCUGGCCCUCGUCGGUUUCCGUUCGGGUUUAUCGGCCCAACCAUCCUUUGCACGACGGGCACGGCCUUUCGAGGCCUACCUCUCCCUCUAGAUUCCUUUAAGGAAGAGUUGUUACCUCUUACUUGACCGGUGACCGUCUCUGGGACCUUUCGAGGUCGACCUCGACCUCUCUUGGUUGGGGCAGAUACCGGCAAAUCCGAUGUCUCGUUGUGUCUCCGUGGCCUCCCAAAGUCCUACCGGUGCGAGAAAUGCCGUACCAUCAAUUCCAGCCACUUCCAUUGGUACUUUCACCUGGGUGUCCUUAAGCCAUAAUUCAUCCUCAUCGGGAUCCAAAGCUGCGCGGAAGUCUCUUAUAAAGUUCGCGCCUACGUAGCAGUCAUCCGUGAGCAGUGGCGUAAUGGUGAUCUCUGAUUUCUUUCGUGAUUCCUCCUACCAUAACCCUUACGUGUAUAAUCAGCUUUUCCCACACUAAUGCACAACCGAGGUACCCGGGUACCCAGCUUUCAUGACCUUUUAAGUAUAAAUAUGUUUGAAAUCAUGUGCAAUCUAUUUUUUUGAAUAAAUUAACAUAAAUUAAAUGUAUUUGACCAAUUUCCGAGUUGCACAGUACAGUUUAGUAGCUUUGAGAAUAAAUCGGAGCAAAGAUUUUGGGUACUCAGCUGGUGGUGCUCGGUCAGCUUUCGCAUUCGGCGGUCGACAGCUGUUCGCAAUGUUUUCAUGAGGGAUAGUAAGCGAAGGGGAGCGGACGCGCUUCGCAAGCAAACUCAGGAGUACCGUUGUGCGCCAAGCAACGUCUAGGUGCUUGAUAUUUAUAUCAUGCAAAAGCAUCUAUCACGUUCCGAGUUCUCAAGAUUGACUCGUGCAAGAAAGCAUGCGUACAUCAACAAUCUGCUUGGAGACGCCAAUGAUUCCUCGGAAUGCGACGAUGACAGCGAUGAUGAAAACUGGCUACCGAGAGAAACUAUAAACGCAGCAACAGACACUGACUAUGAUCCAGCAACUACUGGCGGGGAGUCCGAAAGGGAGGGAGAGGAGAGCAGUGAAUCUGAGCAAAGUGAAGACGAGAAUAGGUCUCUCUUCAGGUAUACCGACGAGAGGAGAACAAGUAGUUACGGAAAAUGCUACUGAAUAUAUAGCAAAAGACAAAACAGUUUGGAGCAAAACUCCACCCGAUAUUCAUCAAGUAGCUACUCACAAUGUUCUGCGACAAAGAAGCGGGCCGUUUAGAUCUACAGGUACUUUGUCGGUAGGAAAUACAUUAAAAAAGAUUAUUACAGUUGAAAUUGUCGACAUAAUUGUCCGUUGUACAAAUCAGAAAGCAAAAGCCGUGUUUGAAAACUAUAAUGUAAAUAAUCCGGAAUCGAAUCGAUCGUGGCGUCCCGUGACCAUGCAAGAAAUGUAUGCGUUUAUUGGAAUUUUGAUAUGCUCAGGAGCAAAUAAUUCUAACACAGAUCACACCAGCGAAAUGUGGAAAAGCACUUCAUAUCCUUUAUAUCGUGCAGCAAUGGGCAUAAAUAGGUUUCGUGCUAUAUUGCGAUUCAUUCGUUUUGAGGAUGCAAACACUCGUCAAGAAAGAUCAGAGCAAGACAAAGCUGUUCCUAUUCGAGAUGUAUGGAAAAUGUUCAAUUCAAAUUUGGCUAAGUUGUAUAAGCCAACCGAAAAUUUGACUAUUGACGAGCAGUUGUAUCCAUAUCGCGGACACACGAAAUUUACUCAGUAUAUUCCUUCAAAGCCAGCAAAAUACGGAAUAAAAAUUUGGUGCAUUUGCGAUACUGAAAACGCUUAUCCUUUGAAAGGAAUUAUUUACACGGAAAAAAUUGGCAACGUUCGUGAAAAAAAUCAAGGAGAGAGAGUUGUGAAAGAGCUGGCAGCUCCAUUCAAAAAUAGUGGUAGGAAUAUAACAAUGGAUAAUUAUUUCACUACUCUGCCACUUGCCAAACACUUGCUCUCAUGGAAAUUGACUAUUACAGGAACUUUGAGGAAGAAUAAACCUUAUAUCCCUAAAGAAAUGGCUGCUAAUAAAGUAAGGCCUGAAUACUCUUCUCUCUUUGGUUUUCACGAACGCAACGUUGCACUUUGCUCGUAUGUACCGAAAAAAAAUAAAGCUGUAAUUUUAAUGUCAGCCAUGCACUACGAUGCUACUGUAAACGACGACGAGAAAAAAACCGAACAUGAUUACGUAUUAUAAUAGAUAUAAAUCAGGCGUUGAUACGAUGGAUCAAAUGGUUAGUCGUUACACUUGUCAUCGACGAACGCAGAGGUGUCCACUUGCAAUGUUCUUCAAUAUUUUAGAUGUUGGAGCACUUGCGGCGUAUGUAAUUUACCACGAAAAUAACAAUAUGUUACAAAAAAAACGAAUCAGCGACGUAUUUUCUUGCGCCAGCUGAGUGAAGAAAUUGCUAAACCGUUUAUCGAGGAUCGCUCUUCCAACAUGCAAGAUAUGCGUCACCAUUGGGCGAAAAAUGCGAUCGAGGACGUUCUCGGAGUUGAGCUUGCUGCUACUCCGAUUGUCGAAAAAGAAACUGUAGCUCGUGAUAGUACAGGUAGGAUCAAAGUAACAGGUUCUUGUCACUUGUGUUACCGCGAAACAAUCAAAAGGCGUAGAAAAACUCGAAAAUGUUGUGCUAACUGUGAAAAACCUGUGUACGAUGAACAUUCAUCAGCGAAAGUAUUGUGUUUUGAAUGUGUAGAAUGAUAAUAAAAUCUA